AUGUCUCAUCGCAGUUCUUCGGGGUCCCCGAAAGCGGCCCGACAGCAGCCGGUCACGGAAGACUCCAUCAAGUUCUUUGAGCACCAUUUGGAGCGGCGACAUGUUGCCAAACGAGCGUGCUUAGCCUGUCGAGAGAAGAAAAUUAAAUGUGAUGGCGAAUUGAAGUCUGACGAGUCGGGCAACAAAAGCUACGGCAAGUGUUCCAAUUGCACCGCUUCGGGCACCGAGUGCGUGUUUGUGCCCAGCAAGAGAGGUGGCCGCAGGAGGAAGAACAUCUCCGUCGACUCGACCACGACUCAAUCUCACGGCUACUCGUCGUUCGCAAACGACCAGUCGCUGAAACGCCAACACUUCGAUCCGGAGCGACGAUUCGACACAGAGAGCACUCCCAGCAUGUUCGCUUCCGACGCCGAAGAAUCUUUCCGACCCGCUCACCACCAGCCUCCGCCGGGUAAGUUUGGCUCCAAGUACCUGCCACCUCCGUUUGCGAGAUACGACGAUCCGGGCAAGUGGGCUGGCUCAAAAGAGUCGCGCUGCGGCAAAUACCCGUCCAAGGAGAUGCCCUACUCGGAGCCCUACUUUUACUACGGGCAUCCUCCGGUUCCUCCACCGCCGGGUCCACAUCUUCCAGGCCACGGUCCGCCUUUGCUUCGGCCUCCUGGGCCUCUGUCUCUUCCUCCGCCGCCUCCAGGAGCAUUCUCUCCGUACCAUCCUCCGUUCCAUCGCAUGCACCGCCACCAUCACCAUCACCAUCGCCAUCUGCGUCACCAUCAUUCAGAUCCGUAUUUCGACCCUCACAGGGUUCCUUACGGGUUCUAUCCGCCUCCUUCGCCCGGAAGACGGUCGCCGUUGUCGUAUUCGGAUAGCGACAGCCGUGUUUCAGGAUCUGCAGCAGAGGAACAGACAGGAAAGAGCACGUUGCUACCACCUUUGAACCACGCCGUUGGACAGGAUAGCGUGGACGAAAAUUCGGGGAAUACAGAGGACUGGGUCAAUUUGCAGAAACAGAUACAGGGCCAGUAUCCUCCUGAGGAUCAAAUGUCUAUCGCAAGCCUUGCUACGACCUCUCGUGACCAAACACCGAAAAACCAGAAAUUCACAAAGUCUGAGCUCGAGAAAUAUGGACUGCCGUCGUGGGACGUCAUAUGCACAGUGGUACAGCUGUUUUACAAGUACAUCCAUUUGUCGUACCAGGUGCUGCCUAACUUGAACGAGUUUUUGGGGAGAUUUUAUUUGACAGACGAAAAUGUUGCGAUACUGAGUGCGAUUUUCGAGAUGACUGUCCGAUAUAUUAGCCCGAACGAGGUGGAGGACAAGAAGUUUCUUGACGAGGGUUACUGGCUACAGAAUUGCUCCAAAUAUCGGCACUGCCUGUCAGUAGAAGCAGAGCUGUUGAUUUUGACCAUGACCUGCACCUUUGGCGAGGAUGACCAAUUGCAUCGCUGCUACCGUCUGAUAAGGAGCUCUGGAUAUCUCGAUGUGCUAAAACGGAAGUCACAAGCGGACUACAACGAGAUGCUUGACAUUUCAACAGGCCGCCAGCUAAAGGACCGCGAACUGCUUAUCCGCUGCGUGUGGAACGUGUACAAGUUCCAGACAUACCGACGGGCCAACUAUGGCUAUCCUUACCAUAAGCAUGGAUUUUUCAAGCUGCCUGAGCAACUGGAGCUACCUUUGGACGAUAUGGUGUACUAUAAAGGGUCGGCUUCUUUGGAGUCUUUCAAAUCUGCGUUCAAAAAAGUCCAUUGCUCAGAUAGUGUCAAUUUGAACCAUCCGGGAAGGGACGAAAUGCCCAACUCGAUGAUGCUGAUUUUAUCUUGUCAUUAUAUGGACGAAGUGAUGGACAAUGUUGCCGAAAAUGCGCUUUUGACAGAAAACGUCAUCAAGCUGGACUCGCAAUUGCAGAAGAUGGCAUCGCUUCCUAGUUUUUGUCCUUACACUAUAGAAAACAACCGUCUGCUGAUCGACGCCAACGUCCUGCUGUCCUGUUUCGUGAACAAGCUCUCCCUUAUCAUCCUGCACUCCUCGCUUUGCUGGUCACUGCUUCCCCUGCGUCCAAAGGACUCGACACAGUGUCCCAAUCCCCUUGCCCUAAUGAAUGACUUUCCUAUUCCGUUCCCAGACGCCUCUGAACUGGUUUCUCCGACGGACUUUCGGCAGUGGAAAUCUUUUGUCACUUGCCUGCGGGCUGCCUGCGAUAUCGCCUCCUUGGUGCAGCUGGGUGAAGGCAUAUGCACAGAGUCGCUUCGGAUGGACACAAUGUUCCCUGUAAGCGUGGGUCCAUGUUCUGCGAACGCAGAAGAGGAAUGUUUCAGCACGGAUCAGUCGCUAGUGGCCAAGUCCACGGUGCAACCAACAACGGAGCCAUGGGUGCAGUACCCAUCGUUCUGUUCGGUCGGAGUGUGCAACUCUGUCCCGAUACUGGGAUCUGCACUGCUUUUCCUUCGCCAACACCAAUUCCAUGUUGAAAAGAUACAAGAACGGUACGCGGCAUCUGUACUGCAUGGAACCGAAACACUUGCCGAUUGGGACGUAGAUGCCGAGAGCGCAGAGUUCAUCUCGGAAAAGUUGCGCGACAACUACCUCACCAACAAGCUUCGCCUAUUCAGCAAGUACCUUUCUGCUGUUGGGAAAUUCAGAAGCGGUGUUCGUCUGGCGGGAGCAAUUACCGACAAGCUGAUAAGCCGUUUAUCCACUACCUAA